UCACGUCAUUUCAGUUUCAGAUAAAAUAAGGGAAUAAAGUUGUCUAGUUUAUUUCGUGUGGUGUUUAAGAAAAUAUCCUUUGUUAAUGUAGGCAAAGCAGGAGAUUAAAUAAAUGCAUGUGUGCGUGGGACGGUGUUAUUUUAAUAAGUAAUUGAGAACAUAAAUUUAAUCAUUAUAACUUAGGUAGUUCUUGUACUAAGAACCAAGGAUAUUAACUCUAGAACGUAACAUAUUUUACGAUUUAAAAUCUUGAAUUAAAUGAAUUGUCAUAAUAUUUAUUGCAAUUCUUGUGUGGAUUUGGUAAUGGAUUCGUAUUUAAGCCAGCAAUUAUAAUAUUUUUAAGCAUAGGAAAUAUACAUUGUAGUUAAUGAUGUUACGUUUGGUUGAAAAAUAAGGCAAGAAACGGUGGCUUUUGUUUUAUCCUUAUUUUUAUCACAAUGGGCCUGUUAAUUUCAAAAAUUUGGAGUUUGUUCGGAAACGAAGAGCAUAAAUUGGUUUUGGUGGGCUUGGACAAUGCUGGCAAAACAACUAUCCUAUACCAGUUGUUACUUGGUGAAGCUGUUCAUACUCGACCAACCAUUGGCUCAAAUGUUGAAGAGAUUGUGUGGCGCAAUCUGCGCUUCGUCAUGUGGGACCUUGGAGGCCAACAGAGUCUACGUUCUGCAUGGAACACCUAUUACACAAAUAGUGAGUUUGUGAUAAUGGUGAUAGAUUCUACAGACCGCCAGCGUUUGGCUAUAAGUAGAGAGGAGCUACAUCGGAUGCUGACCCAUGAAGAGCUCAGCAAGGCCUGCCUGUUAGUCUUUGCAAAUAAACAGGAUGUGAAGGGAUCGAUGACCGCUGCUGAAAUAUCUGAACAAUUGGCGUUGACAUCUAUCAAGCAGCAUCCGUGGCACAUACAAGCUUGCUGUGCGCUUACCGGAGAAGGAUUGCACCUGGGUUUGGAAUGGAUCGCCAGCAGAAUAAAGAAGAAAUAAUGUGUUGUGAAUUUUUUUUUUUUGUUAUUUUACCCCAUACUAUGAAUCAAAUCUUAAUCCUAAUCUAUUAAUGUUAAAAUAAUGCAUCACUAAUUAUGGAAAUAAAUGAAACACUAAUGUAAACUAAUUUAUAAUAAUUU